AUGGUUGAGACCGAGGCCUCGGACAAGGAGCACCCGCUCAUGGGCGCGGUCAUUUGCUUCACCUCAGUCCCUCUGGAGCAGAGAACCCAACUUAGCAAUGUCGCGAAAGAGAUGGGCGCAAUUGAACGACCCGACCUCACCGCAGACGUAACACACCUUCUCGUCGGGGCGACUGACUCUCCAAAAUACAAAUUUGUUGCCCGCGAACGGAACGACGUGACCGUCUUGAGACCGGAAUGGAUCGAAGCCGUACGGCAAUCGUGGAUGCAGGGCGGGGACACAGACAUUCAGGCAUUGGUGAAACAAUACGAGCUCCCUACGUUCUUCGGUCUCACGAUAUGUAUCACGGGAUUUUCAGAUAUGGCCUUUCGAACCCAGAUGCAUGACAUGACAGUGGAGAAUGGUGCCGAAUUCCGGAAAGAUCUGACCAAAAGCGUCACUCAUCUCGUUUCUCGCAGUACAGAGGGCGAAAAAUAUAAGUUUGCCACGCAAUGGAAUAUCAAGGUUGUCACGGUUAAAUGGUUCCACGAUUGCAUUGAGCGCGGGAUGAUUCUAGACGAGGACAAAUAUCACCCAAGACUACCAUUGGAAGAGCAAGGUCUGGGAGCAUGGGAUCGAACGAUACCAAUGAAUGCGAAAUUACAGCUUGGGAGAGCCAGGCCCGCCGCCAGUGAUAGCUCAUCAAAUCCACGACCAAGGAAAAAGCUUCGCAGAACAGCAAGCACCAAACUCAUCGGCCAAAAUGAAAACAUCUGGGGAGAUAUUAUUGGCGCCGGCUUUGCAAAUGAAGUGGCCGAAUCAAGAAAUGCUCGUUCGGAGGGCCCUGUCACCGAAAGGCCCAAACCUUUCAUCCAAGCAGCCAAAUCAUUCGUUAGCGAUACAUCGUUCAGUGAGACCAUAGACCAUCGUCCACUACCUGAAGUCUUGGCCAAAGUACCGAAAGGAUUUCUUGAAGGGUGCUACUUUUAUAUCCAUGGCUUUACUUCCAAGCAGAAAGGCGUUCUCCGACACCAUCUCGAAUUCAAUGCAGCCCAUUGUGUCGAUUCCUUGACCGAAUUCUCCAGCCCUAGCAUACCAAAGACAGGGCAAGGACUGUUUGUUAUGGUGCCGUAUAAGACUCCCAGGUCGGAAGUUCCGUCGACAGAUGAUAUGGCAUUCGAAUGCGAGGUUGUCACAGAUAUGUGGUUGGAAAGGUGUCUAGAUGCCCGAGCCUUGGUCCCACCGGAAUCCCACGUUGCAAGCACACCGUUUCCAAAGUUCCCCAUCCCAGGAUUUUCAGGAAUGCGGAUAUGCUCUACUGGCUUUGCGCGCAUCGAUCUUCUACAUCUCUCUAAGCUUGUUGAUUUGAUGGGGGCGUCAUAUGACGAAUAUUUAACCUCCAAAGCCUCUGUUCUUAUCUGUAAUGACCCCCAAACGGCAAGCCAUGACAAGCUUCGACAUACAAGUGAAUGGGGAGUCCCCGCUGUAUCAGCCGACUGGUUCUGGAUAUCCGUGCAGACGGGCCAGAAGAAGCCCUUUGAUCCAUACAUUGUUCGGAGACCCGUCUCACAAAAAAAUGACAGCAGAGAGAAGCCGAGCGAAACCUCUGUCAGUGGGAAGGCGAUGCACCCGCCGACUGGGAAGGCUCGAGAGGGGCUGUCCAAAACAUCCAAAGGACCCGCCACGGGGCGACAGUCAAAAACCGUGGUAUUGGAGAAAAGUGACAAGUCCCGAACAUUGCCUAUAGUUGGUGAUGGCUUCACCGACGAAGAGCCUGCCGACGUACCACAAGCAAGUGUAGCCGAAUCUCGCUCUCCAUCACCAGACAGGAACACCAAUGCAUCACCUGCUGAUGAAGCACCCAAACCAGCUGCUCCGUCCGCCCUAGACUCUGCAUUGAAGGGCCUUCUUCAACAGGCUCAAGCUGCCAAAUCACGACGGCAAUCGGAAAGUAUGACCACCGACGACAGCAGCUACCCACAACCUCGGAAACGCAAACCACUUCUCGGUCGUGCACCUUCACACUCAUCAAACCGAGCGACUGAGCUCAAUCGUGCUCCGUCGCGGGCUAGCUCCAUCGAUACCCUCAACGACGACGGUCUGGGCUCUGCACUAGAAAGCGCAGAGCUCACACGAGAAAAUUCAUUCUCCCGCACAAACAGCCGCAACGAUCAAAGUCUAUCAUCCAUGUUCAGCGGCGCCAAAUUUGACUUCUUGACAGACCGACUACCCGGGCAGAUUGACAACGAAGACGAAGAGAACCAGGAGCCUCAAAUGACGCAGCUGGACUACGAAGACCCCGACGCUACGGCUAUGCGGGCCGAGUUCCUGCGCAAUGCCGGCAAGUUAGCCGGAAAUCCUAAGAAGGCCGAUUCUGAUGUGCUUCUCGGUGAGGUUCGGGAAUUAGAGGAUAUUGGUUGGGGACAUGGGAGGAGGACUCGGAAACAGGUUCCAAAACCCGAUGGGGAGUGA